UAAUAGGUGGUCAUGGCUGAAUUUUAAUGCCAUAUUACUCUCCUUGAAAUAUUUGGAUUUUUGUCUGUACUGAAUGAGAGUAUAUGGUUAGAAACAUAAUAUCCCACAUUUUAAGGUAACGUUUUUCUGACGGAUAAUUUGUUGACUACACGGCCUCCUGAAGCUUAUACUGAUUUUCAUUUACAUCUGCUAAGUUACAGCCUUGGACAUGUUUUAGAUUUGUGUAGUUUUUCAGUCAAUACAGAUGAAAUGUGAAAUCUAGGUUUAUUGAUUCAAACUCGUGCAAAAUGGAGAGAUGUUCUGUCAUUUCUGACAAAAUGACACACAAUUCAGGGUAUGUUUGUUGUAACAGAUGAUGGAGAGGUUAGAGCUCACAUCUGUAUUCAGAUUUUAUUUUUAAAAAUGGAGGUUCUGAGGUUUACAUUCUAGAUCAAAGCGUUAAGGGACAGGCUAGGAGUUAUUUCAGUCAAGUAAUGGAAAUUUUCCUUGAGAUCCCAGGCAGGCCUUGUAGUAGAGACAGUUUUGUCCCUUUGGUGUUUGCUAGUUCUCUGUCGCUCCAGACUUGGGCAGGCUAAUCAAUACCUGUGGAGUCUAUAAAGAAGAGCGAGUGCCUGGCUAGGCAAUUACUAUCCAAGCAGGACUCUCUGUGUAAAUUUACAUUCAGUUAAAAACCCAGAGCUCUGAGUUUCCACCAAACAAAGACAUGAAAGAGAAACUCCUCUAGACUUUUCGUUUGUAGUCUCUCCUUGUGUUUCAUGCUUAGGUCCCUGGAUCAUCUACACGCAACAUAAAGUGUUACGCAAUGUUUGCAGAUGACAUACUUCUUUGUCUUCAGUCAGGAUCUGAUGUGGUUCACAGUUCUAUAUGAAUAAUCAUAUUUCAUAUCGUGUAUGACCUACUUAUAAAUUAAGAUACUUUUCUCAGUUCUGUCAUUGAAUAACUUGAUGCAAUAAUAUAUAUACCUAAGGGGGUCAAAAUUAUUGAUUAGUUAUACAUACUUAUUAAAGAUUUGUGGAUUAAGAAGAUUCUCUAUGACAUUGUGAAAUAGCAUGCUAGAGUUUACUACUGAUGUGAUUCAUUUUGUGUUGAACACCAAAAUGUACUAUUGUACUUUGUAGAAUUAAUACAGUUAAAUCUGUCUUUCUUUUCCUAACAGAGUUGUUACGAUUAUAUUGUUAUUAUGAGCCCUUUUAUUUUAUACCAUACCAUUGUUUCUUUGUUGUCAGGUAUCUCAUCGUUAAUGUUUCUGAUUAAAUUUAUUAUAUAAGUGACAAGUUUGAUGUUGAGAUGGCUCUCAUUGUGAUAUAUAAGCAUUCGGAUGUCGCAAUUCUGUUCUUGAGAUGGUUUUUAGUGUGAAUCAUUAAAACUUUGAGAUACGACCAUUUUAUAUUAAUGAGAUAAGUAAUCAAUGUUGAGUUGAGACCUUUCUGAUAUUGAGAUGGUUCUUCCUAUGAUGGCUAACAUUGAGAUGUUGCUGAGAUGGCUUUCUGUGUGGUAGUUUCACACAACAGAGUGUAACAGUUGUCUUAAUGAGUGUGAUGAGACAGAAAUUCUGACUCGGGGGGUCAAGUAAUACUGAGAUUGGAUCAUGGGGUUUUCGUGUGGUUGAAUGACUCAGCAAAUACUCGGAGGACUGACGUUCACAGGAUAUAAGUCAUCCACAGAGGACCCCUUCCUGAUGAGUUUUUGUGAAAUCUCAUUGACUUUCUUGAAUUUAUACAUAUGAAACAAUUCUAAAUGUUAGGAAAUCAACUUAAUGUCUUUUUUUCUUUUUUUUACCAAAAAGGUCAGAAUUUCCAUACAUGUAUUAAGCACCUCUGUCACUGAGUCCUAGUUCACUUAUCAGUAUUGAACAAGUCAUUAGUUAUUAACUGUACAGGAAAAACCAUCAUUUCAGAAAAUGUUUUCAUGGUUAUGAAGAUUUAAAAGAUAAAGCUGAAUUGGAAAAAUCAGAAAGACCAGAGAUAGAGUUAGCCUGGGGUGGUGGCUGUGUCUAUGUGUAACUGUAGGGAGCUGGCUGUCCAAGGGACAGGGACCCAGAACAUGUGUAUAGAUGGCUGGGGGGUCAUGUUAUUGAGUCUGAAGGGUCAAUGUCACUGUUGUAGGCCUGAAAUAGAUUGAUACAACCACACAAAUACUGGUUUAAUCUCUGCAGAAACAGAUUUCUAUCUCUCUGAAAGGAAGUAGAAUUUAAACAAAAAAACAAAACCGAAGUCCACCUUUGGGGGGUGUGAGUUUGUGUUAGGGUUUCUACACUGUGUAUAAAGGAAGUGUCAUAUGUAUGGAGUCCAUGCAGAGCGGUAGGGAGGAAAUGGCUGUCUGAGGAGAAAUAUAUGUUAUGGACUUGUCACAAACCAAAAGACCAAGCAUGAGUGAGAGUCCAAGCCGCAAGAGAAGGAAGACUUCCAACAGCUACAUAGACUUGACGAAUCAUUCUCCCAGCCCCCCACCAACCUGGUCAAGGGAGAGAACUGAGGCCGAGAGGUUAGGGGUCAGUCGUAGACGAGUAUCCAGUCAGCGACGCGUGUCCGGAGAUAGCAGGAGGCUGAUUGCAGAGAGAAGCAACACACCCCGGGCACGACGAAGCCCCGGAACCAGGAGAAGAACAAGAGACAGGAACCCCACCCCACAGAAUGAGAGUGGUCAGGAGCCCCGAGCCUUCCAGCCGCCCCACCUGAUGAACCCCCGACAGAUUCACCCCGCCUCUCUCCACCCCCACCACCUACACGGGGCCCCACAGCAAGUCAUGUUUGAAAUGGAACAGAUGCCUGUCAGCACCCCUGUGUCCAUGGCUCCAUAUGCAAUCCCUGUAUGUGCCGGGCCCCACCUCCCAGUGUGCACCGGGGCCCAUCACCCAGUGUGCAGUACCGCCCCCACGUGGUCUAUCCCAGGAUGCAGUGUGCAGCUGCCCUCCUGUAACAUGCAGCACAUCCCUGCCUGCAGUCUGCCACAGAUUCCGUUUCAUCCGAGUUCCAUCCCUCCCUUGUUUCAUCAUCACCAUCACCCGGCCACCAGUCACAUACCGCCUCAACACUUGGCUCCACCCACUCACUUCAAUCCGAGUGCCAGAGGCGUACAUCGCUCGGAAGAAGAAGUUUCUGGUCUGAUUGACCAGCGAUCCCGGUUUCCUCUACACCCAGGGACAUUACACCCUCAUGGUGCCACCCCCUUCACUGCCUCACCCCCGGUCAUGCUUCAGGAGCCCCACGUCCACCCCACACCUCAUGAUAUUUAUGGACCUUUCCAUCGUCACUUUGCUCGUCAGCGUUCUGGUGGGAGAAAUAGUCGUCUCCGGUCACUUCCUCUGCCUCCUCCACCCUACCCAGGAUUCCUUCUUCACUUCCUGGCCAUGUUGGGUAACCCUCCAAUGCCUUAUGGAAGAGACUUCCAUGAAGAUGCCACAGAAGUGGAGAAUUACGAGGCAUUGCUGAACCUGGCCGAGAGGUUGGGCGAGGCCAAGCCCAAGGGUUUGACCAAGCCGGAGAUUGAGCAGCUGCCGGCCUAUAGGUUCAACAAGGAGAAUCCCCACUCCGACAUGGACCAGACCUCCUGUGUCGUGUGCAUGUGCGAUUUUGAAAAUAGACAAUUAUUACGGGUUCUGCCGUGCAGUCACGAGUUCCAUGCUAAGUGCGUGGACAAGUGGUUAAAGACUAAUCGGACAUGUCCAAUCUGUCGGGCGGACGCCACAGAGAUUGCCAGCCAAUCAGACUAGGAAUCAAAGUUCAUGCACUGCAGUGUCUAGACUAUUUAUUAUUGGGUCAAAUUUGUUUUCUCUCUGAACAAUAUGAAGAAAUUAGUAUGAAUUGGUGCAUAUACAAUACAAUGUAAUUGUUAUUUUAAUUAUUUUCCUUUUGAUUAGUCAUAGAUGCUUUGAUAUAUAUUGUUUCUAUUAUUUGAGCAAAUUGUCUACUAUAGCCUAAGUUCCUGCUAUUCAUUGCUUUUUUGUUAUAACCUAUAGAAAAUGUAUAUCCCUGUUUUUGUUGGGGUGAAAGGAAUAUUUUUUUUUCAUAAAAGAAAGUGCGUUCAGGGACUUUUUGUAUACCUUUUAUAAAGCCAGUACCAAUGUUAUUUAUGUCAUAUUACACACUCAUGCUACCCGCCCCCAAUGGAGCCAAUGGUUUAGAUAAUUUCAUGAAGAAGAGUAAUAUUACAAUCUGUAUCAAGAGGAUCCUCUUUUUGUCUCGUUCUUUUCUUUCUCUGCUCUGACAAGAACUAUAACACAAUACCUCUCCAAAUAUUCAUACUUUUAGGCUUAUAAUCAAUGAAUAAAACCAAUAUAUGUGACGGAUGACAAUCGUCAGGUAAUUGGACCCGGCCUUAUAGAGGUGGUUUGUGGAGACAGCCAGGGCCCAGUGCUGGGAUCUUCUUUGUGGAGACAGCCCAGGCCCAGUGCUGGGUGUGGUUUGUGGAGACAGCUGGGCUCAGUGCUGGGAGGUGGUUUGUGGAGACACCCCAGGCCCAGUGCUUGGUGUUGUUUGUGGAGACAGCCCGGGCCCAGUGCUGGACAUGGUUGUUUGUGGAGACAGCCGGGGCCCAGUGCUGGGUAUGGUUUGUGGAGACAGCCCAGGCCCAGUGCUUGGUGUGGUUUGUGGAGACAGCCUGGGCCCAGUGCUGGGAGGUUGUUUGUGGAGACAGCCGGGACCCAGUGCUGGGAGGUUGUUUGUGGAGACAGCCCGGGCCCAGUGCUGGGUGUGGUUUGUGGAGACAGCCAGGGCCCAGUGCUGGGUGUUGUUUGUUGAGACAGCCCAGGCCCAGUGCUGGGUGUGGUUUUUGGAGACAGCCUGGGCCCAGUGCUGGAAGGUUGUUUGUGGAGACAGCUCAGGCCCAGCGUUGGGUGUGGUUUAUGGAGACACCCCAGGCUCAGUGCUGGGAGGUGGUUUGUGGAGACAGCCCAGGCCCAGUGCUGGGAGGUUGAUUGUGCAGACAGCCCAGGCCCAGUGCUGGGAGGUUGUUUGUGGAGACAGCUCAGGCCCAGCGCUGGGUGUGGUUUAUGGAGACACCCCAGGCUCAGUGCUGGGAGGUGGUUUGUGGAGACAGCCCAGGCCCAGUGCUGGGGGUGGUUUGUUUAUGGAGACACCCCAGGCUCAGUGCUGGGAGGUGGUUUGUGGAGACAGCCAGGGCUCAGUGCUUGGGGUGGUUUGUGGAGACAGCCCAUGCCCAGUGCGUGUAUGGUUUGUGUGGAUAGCCCGAGUAUCGGGACAGCAUGGUUCCAGUACUGGGGGUGGUUUGAUAAAGAGAGCCUGGGCUGAGUGCUGGGGGUGGUUUGUUUGGGGUCGGGAUUUGUUUUGUAUUCAAGUGUUGUUAAUGGUAUAGUUUGUACAAACGAUUGUACCUGUAAAUUAACUUCAGUGUUGUCAAUUUGUCCAAAAUUUGUUGGGAAAAAACUUAUACAAAUUUUAGUUUUAAGUUAUUCUUUUUUUUAAAUUGUAUAAAAUAGAAUUUAAGACUUUGUUGCUAUUUGUUACUAGUAAUAAAUUUAUCAUAUUUCAUAUAAGAAUAUGUAUAUUUAUAAUAUAUUUUAGGCCAAUUCAAUUUUUCAGAGUUAAUGAAUUCAGUAUUAAUGACUUAUGGAAACAUGUAUUAUACUUUGGCAAUGCAAGUUAAUUCGGAAGCGACUUCCAUUAGUCCAACAAUUGAAUUGGUCUCUGUUCAAGUUAAUGUAUCAUAAGAAUUUUACAACAUGUUUAUUUACAAGUCUGUUCAUUUUUUGCUUAGUAACUUUUGAAGAAUUGUUUCACAAAAUCUAAAAAUCUGCUUGUAAUUUUUCAAGGGAUACAUGUUUAGUUUGAAUUUCAGUAUCUACCAUUUUUAGAUAUUAUGUAUUCGAUAUAUAAAACCUUUACCAAACAUUAACAUACCAGUACUUUACCAUCUGCAAUUGUUCGUUUGUUACUUUUUUUGUACUGUUUUGAUUUUGUCAGCAAAAAAAAAAAAUGAUAUAUACAUGAAAAUAUCUCCAAAUAUACAUUUAUAUAUAGACCUUACAAUUGAGGAAUGGUAAACUGGAAAUCGACCUUAAUUUUGGUGGGUUGACAGAUAAUUCUGUCAAUCUCGUUUUAACAAACAAACCAACUAUUCCAAUCAUGUUCUUGAGUCAUGAUUCUUUUGUUUUACACUAAAAAAUUUCAACGUUUUGAAUUGAAAACUACGCACAGAAUAGGAAGAUACAUGGUUUUUUUUUUUAAUUCUUGGUCUGCUAAAUGGCGUUUUGUCACAAACUAUGAGAUUUUCCUUUACAGUACUUUUUUUUAUCCAGUACAUGUUCAGAUAUUAACAUUAGAUACUAGUACUCCAACAAAAAUAUUUUUUUUUCAUUCAAAUCAAGUUGAAAUAUCUGACCAUAAAUUUAUUUAAUUAAUUUUUUAAAUGAAAUAGUUGACCAAAUAAGAUCUGAAAUAUGUAGAUUCUUUGGACACAGUUUACAAGUGCCUUGGUAACAGCUUCUAUAAAUAGUUUUUUUGGUUGUCACAAUGAAGAUGGGCUUUGAGAGAAAUCUUUGAGUAAUUGCCAAACAGUUCUACCUCUUCAAAUAAUAUAUAUUAUUAUCAUAUUGUAAUGGUUGCAUUUCCCCCCUUUUUCUUCAUCACUUGGUAAAACAUAUAAUCAGCUGUUUGUUUUGUCAUCAUCUUCCAAAUAGUUAGAGAUGGGACAUUGCUACUUUGUGAUUUAUGUUUUGGGAACACGUAAGUGUAUCAUAUUUUAUGCAUAUUUGUGUCAUAUAAAUUUUUUUUUCCAUUUUUUUUCCAUGCAGUGCAAGUCAAUCAAAAUAUAGACUUCAUCUUAUACUCUAGGAAUUAUAGAGACUACACUGUUCUAUGCUAUACAGCACAAUAAAGCCAGGAAAAAUGAA